ACGUUUUCUAGGGAGAUAAGACCUCUGUAGUAUUUUCUAUAAGUGGAAAAAGUCAAAUGAGCUGUUCAUUCAGCUGUUGUUCAGCAGCUGACUGUUAUAGUAGGGCAUAAAAUAUAAUUGUGCUGAUUGUAGUAAAUCUUUCAAAGUAUAUAUUUCAAUGAAACACUACCUGUGGUCGAAAAUAAACCAUGAUUUCAGUAAACUUGAGUGAUGUUAUAACUGUAUGUAUAUCUUGCAUUCAAAGUUGUCUUUUUGUCAUUCAAAGAAAAACAUGUACUAUAUGGGUAAAAAGCAUACUGUGAGCAAAAUACUUUCAUCAAGGUGCAUUAAAUAGCUUCAGAUUUCCUUUCUAUUACCACCAUAUAUGCUCCCAGUCUAAACUGUGAAUUUUCACCAUAUGCAUAAUUUUUCUAAAUUCGUGGUUCUUAAACUACAUGAUUAAUUUGGAUCUUUUAUCUUAAAUUGAGAUUUUAAAAAUUGUUUUUGUUAAGAUUUAUUAAAUAAUGUACGUGUGCUGUAUUACAUGUUUGUUUUUUUUUUCUUGUUUGUUCUACUUCUUAGGUACUGUUUUCAGUUUAGUUUUACAACAGCUAAUACAGUUUCUAAAAUAAUCAGAUGUGAAGGGAUUGGUGAUGUUUAUAGAUGAUCUGAAAUGCAGAAUGAUUGUUUGGAAGAGGGAAGUGGACCUAAUUUUAAAUUACUGUUAAAAACAGUACUUCACCUGAAUAACUUUAAGAAUUGUUUAUUUUUAAAUAAAUACAACCAAAUCAGUGCUAAGAAGCAGCUCAAAAUUCAUUUUUUUUUUAAUCUAUAUCUUAAAAAAUGCUGAUGUGAGGUAUGUAAUAAAAAUUAUUUUAGAAGAGAGAUAAUUUAUAUAAUAAAGUCAGGAUUUUUUUAAUAUCUCUGUGACUAAUAUCUCAUUUAAAGUCUGUAGCAAGGCAGUGUAUUAAGUAACUUUCUGACAACGUAAACAGUAAUUGCAGCUGACAAGUUGAUUAGCAAUAUUUGUAUUUGAGAAUACUGAUAAAGUGUAUGUUUACGAUCUUGCUCAUAGCUGUCUUACUGAGGGUCAGAUUCUGCCGUCCUUACUCAUGUCAAGUAAUUUCUUACAUUGCAAGUAAUCUCACUGAUUAAAUGUGGAGAGUGAUGGCAAAACCUGACCAUAGUGACUAAAAGCAACAGUUGCUUCUUUCAGUCUUUGACAGCUGUGAGAACAAGUCUUUAUUUUUUUCCAAACCAUGCAUCCUAAAUUCCAACCUGUAAGAGUAGGUACCUAUAUUUAGCUAGUGUGAGAUUAAGUUGCAGAGGCUUCAGGCAGGGCAAAGCACAUUGGUCUGUCUUUUUUACAGACAGACAUUUGGGCAGACAACAGCUAAAGCUUUCUGCUCCCUCCCUUCCCCAAGUAUUUGCAAAAUGGAUUCCCAAAGGGAACUCACUGAAGAACUCAGGCUCUACCAAUCCACCCUUCUUCAGGAUGGCCUCAAAGAACUCCUGGAAGAGAAAAAAUUUGUAGAUUGCUCCCUAAAAGCUGGUGACAGAAGUCUGCCUUGCCACAGAUUGAUUCUGUCAGCAUGUAGCCCUUAUUUUCGUGAGUAUUUCUUAUCUGAGCAAAAUGAAGAGAAAAAGAAGGAGGUAGUUCUAGAUAAUGUUGACCCCAACAUCCUGGAUAUGAUUGUCAAAUACCUUUAUUCAGCAACUAUUGAUCUUAAUGAUUCUAAUGUGCAAGAUAUUUUUGCUUUGGCCAGUCGCUUCCAGAUCCCUUCUGUAUUCACCGUGUGCGUCUCCUAUCUUCAGAAGAGGCUUGCUGUCGGAAACUGUCUGGCUAUCCUUCGAUUAGGUGUUCUGCUUGAUUGCCCAAGACUUGCCUUUUCUGCCCGUGAUUUUGUCUCAGAUCAUUUUGUGCAGAUCUGCAAAGAAGAGGAUUUCCUGCAGCUUGCACCAAAUGAACUUAUCUCAGUUAUUUCACCUGACAGCUUAAAUGUAGAGAAGGAAGAACUGGUAUUUGAAGCAGUAAUGAGAUGGGUUCGGUCAGACAAGGAGAACAGAGUAAAGAGCCUAGGAGAAGUUUUUGACUGCAUACGUUUUCGUCUUAUGCCAGAAAAAUACUUCAAAGAACAUGUUGAGAAGGAUGAUAUAAUUAAAAGCAACUCAGAUAUUCAGAAAAAAGUAAAGAUUAUUAAGGAUGCUUUUGCUGGAAAACUGCCUGACUCUAGCACAAAUAAAGAAAAGUCAAACAAAGGGGAAGUAAAUGGUGAUGUAGGAGAUGAAGAUUUACUGCCAGGCUACCUAAAUGACCUUCCCAGACACGGCAUGUUUGUCAAAGACCUAAUUCUUCUGGUUAAUGACACUGCUGCGGUAGCUUAUGAUCCUCUCGAAAAUGAAUGCUAUCUGGCAGCCCUGGCAGAACAGAUUCCCAGAAACCAUUCCAGUAUUGUCACCAAACAAAACCAGGUCUACAUUGUUGGAGGACUGUAUGUGGAAGAGGAGAACAAAGAUCAGCCUUUCCAAUCAUACUUCUUCCAGCUGGAUAGCAUUGCUGGUGAGUGGGUUGCCCUUCCUCCACUGCCGUCAGCCAGGUGUCUCUUCGGGCUGGGAGAGUCAGACGACAAGAUCUAUGUAAUUGCAGGCAAGGACCUUCGCAAUGAGGAAUCUCUAGAUUCAGUAUUGUGCUAUGACCCUGUGGCAAUGAAAUGGGGUGAGAUUAAAAAACUGCCCAUCAAAGUAUAUGGCCAUGCUACCAUCUCCAACAAUGGAUUGAUAUAUUGUCUCGGUGGAAAAACUGAUGAUAAGAAAUGUACUAAUAGAGUAUUUGUAUACAACCCAAAGAAAGGAGACUGGAGAGACCUAGCUCCAAUGAAAGUGGCUCGCUCAAUGUUUGGAACAGCCAUCCAUAAAGGCAAGAUUUUCAUUGCCGGUGGUGUCACUGAAGAAGGCCUUACCUCAUCUGUUGAAGCUUUUGAUCUAACCACAAAUAAGUGGGAGAUUGUGCCUGAAUUUCCCCAGGAGCGAAGUUCUAUCAGUUUAGUCACCUUAAGUGGAUCUUUGUAUGCUAUUGGAGGCUUUGCAAUGAUUCAGCUUGAAUCUAAAGAAUUUGCACCCAGUGAAGUCACUGACAUAUGGAAGUAUGAUGAUGAAAAGAAGGAAUGGGUUGGCAUACUGAAAGAGAUCCGAUAUGCGACUGGAGCUUCCUGCUUGGCUACACGUUUAAAUCUCUUCAAGCUGUCGAAACUGUAAACAAAAUGCUGAAAUAUUUGAUAUGAUGCAGGAGUUUUCAUAGGCUCUUCUGAAUUUGUUGCAUGAAAAUGUCUCCAGAUUUUCAGAGUUUUGUAGCAGCAUACUAGUUAUGCUGUUAACUGUUAAACAGUUAAUCUGUCUAUCCAAGUCUUAAGGUAUUUACUAGCUAAUCAAUAAGUGAAUUUUUGCUAACCUUUAAAAUCCUGAAGAAUUCUAAUUAAUGUUGAUUAGAAUAAAUGAAGACUUCUACCCCAUGGAAAGUAAAACUAGUUAUCCUUACUCUCAGUCCAGGAUAGUGGUGGCUAAUCUGAAAACAGUGCUCAAGAAUUAAUGGAUUGUUAAGUUAAAUACAACUAGUAGGUGCUGAUUUUAUUCUAACCAGCUGUUUGUACAGCCUGACUUCUCCCUGCAACAGUGUAUGCAACUCCUGCAUUCUUUAGUCAUAUUUUGAAAACAUUUUCAAUGGAGCCUUAUAAAAAUAAUUAAUUUAGCCUGGAAUUGAAGUGCGUAUUGAAAACAGAAACACCAACCUUAUCUAGAGUAGGCAGCUGUGAGGGAAAAAAACAAUUUUACAGGGGUAAUAGCUUUGCCUAUUAUGUUUUGGUUUCUCAUAACAAGGAUUUCCAUUUUUUUAUGCUUUUGUAUUUAUUUCCAAAGCAAAUAUUUAAUGGUAAGUUUUCUCAGAGAUCUUAGGCCAUUAAUAGGCAUUCAUGAAAAAUGCUAGAACAACUGCACAAGUAAGCACCUACCUAAGAAAUAACUGAUGCAUUUUAAUGUUUAAACUUUUAACUAGUAACAAUUAAACUUCGUUUUUAAUGCUGUUAAAACAUCACAUGACGUUGUCUUAUAUUUUGUGUAGAUACACUUUCUGAAUCCACUUUUAGUCAGUUUUAAUCCUCUCCACAUUGUGAGUACCCAUAACUUUAUCCAUACAUAACUUGAAUGUACCUGAACUGCAGAGUCCACCUCAAGCCCACGACAGCUACAGCCACUGUCACGUUUUAAACUCUGCAGUUGCUACAUGAUGCCCACCUGUACAGAAGCAGGGCCACACAACAGCCCUCUGACUUGAAGUUCACCUUCUGAUAUCCUAACCUCUAUAAUUAUCUUCUCCAUUUUAUACAAAAUAUAAUGUGUAUACAGUCCUUCUCUAUACUGUGCAUUCAAUAGCACUUCCCCAAAGCACUUUUCUACGACAGCCCUAUUCAGCUCUUCUCAGUUUAAUCAGAAGCACCAUCACCAUAAGCAGACAAGCAUCUACUCGUGCUCUCGGUCAUUCUACACAGGAGGAUCGCCUCCAGAGAACACUGCAGCUUUGGUCAGUUCUGUCCAUUUUUCCUAGCUUUUCAUCACUACGUUCAUUUGGAUUCAGUCAAUUAAAAAUAUACUCUUCUCCUAUUACCAAGGUUUAGAACGAAGAAAAACAAAGCCAGGUGCACAGUGGUCAAUGAAAAUGUAGAUGCUUACUUCUCCCAAGCUUCAAAGCACAUGGUAAACAGAAUGUCCGUUACUUCUCUAAAAACGCAAGAAAAGUAGGCAUGUUGUGUAUGUGAAACGGGCAUAACUUGCAGUCAUUGUGACGUAGUAGGAACUAUAGCCAAACAUGGCUGCUUCUGAAAAUAGGGUGAUCUGCCAUAGUAUAACCACCCUACGGUUUAUUACUUUACAAUUAAUGUUCUCCUGUCUAUUCCACUUUCUCCUUCUACAUUCCCGUAUCUUCUAACUCCUGACAAAACCCUAGUUCUAUGUGAUCAUAGGAAGCUGGUAAUGUAACUGGCUGAUGGUUUUGAAACACCACAAAUAAAGCAAUU